UUUAACUAGCACCCGUAGGCGGAAGCAAGUUAUUUAUAGUAUGUUCUAAGAAAUAAGAAAUUGUUAUUUGAACGUGUCUUAGUUUUUCCAGAAAGAAAAAGACUCUGAAAGCAACUAUGAACUACAUCACAGUUAUUGUACUUCUUAUUGGAAUUACAUACGUAUUUUGUGACUGUGGCAGCCUGCCCGUCGUGGAGAAGUCAUCCAACAAUGCCACAGUGCAGGGCACAUACCCUGUCGGCUAUGCUGUAAGAUAUACGUGUAAUGCGGGGCAUGAGCCAGACGGGACUGUCGUGAUUGUGUGCGGUGGUGGGGGCUGGCAGGGGGAACUCCUGUGUCGGGAGGUCUACUGCCCAGCUGUUAACCCACCAGACAACGGAAAGAUUUUAGGCUCCCCUUCAUACAAAGUUGGCAGCUUUAUUACUUUUGAGUGCUAUGAGGGUUAUGAAUUGAAAGGAUCAAACCAAUUACUGUGCCGGACUGACUUACAGUUUGACAGUUCGCCUCCAGUAUGCAAAGUGAAAAUGUGUCCAGAAUUUGGGCCCGUUGAAAACGGCAGGACUUUUCAAGAAAAUGCUGGAGGUAUAGAAAAUGAUUACGGAAGCGUGAUUAAAGUCACCUGUAAUUCAGGCUACAUUAUUCAUGGUACCUCUCAUGUGAUGUGCCAGGCAGAUGGAACUUGGAGCAAUAGACCAACGUGUAAGGGAAUUUCGUGUCCACCAUUCCAAGGUAUGAACGCAAACUGUAUUGACAAGUUCAUACUCUACACUACUUUGUACUACAUGACCUGCAGUGAUGCUCCUAACACAAGAGUGGCGGGGCCGACUGAAGAUGAGCCGAACGUUUGUCAUAAUGAUGGAUCAUGGCAGUUUCAGGAGUUUGCCUGCUACUGCAACUGUAACCUGACCAGUUACAUCAGUAAUAUCAUGAUUAUCAAAAACCUGGAACAGGGAUACUACCUGCCUCACAAUAAGGUCCUGGAGUGGUCAUGUAAGCAUCCCUGCACCCAAAAUAAAAGUAUAACGAAGCCCCUGCAGUGUCUGGAUGGAGAGAUGACACGCAUGCCACAAUGCGAUUGUCCUGAAAUGCCAACCUCUGGUACAAUGGAUAAAAGCUCGACAAUGAGCCCGCAGCCAGCCCCCGCCUUCCCAGUGUGGGCCAUCAUCCUUAUUGUUGUAGGUGUCAUUGGGAUCUCGGUCUUGGGAAUAUUUGCUUAUAAGAAAUUCUUUGAUAAAAAAGGAUCUAAUUCAGAUGGGGAUAAAACUAAAGUGGCAAUGAAUAAAAAUGAUGAGAGUGUCGAAAUCAAUGAAAAAGACGAAAUUAAAAUCCCAUUGAAUUCCAAUGAUUCACCUGUAAAUGUAUAAACUAUUUAGUACAGUUUGAACAUUGAAUGCUUGGUAAGUUUAUUAUAUUUUAGACCCAUGGGAUAACAAUACAGCGUAGUAGAACAGGCAAAGAAGAAGAUGAACAACCAUCUCCAUACUACAUGUAUUAGCAUGGCCUUUUUGCCCUACUUUGUCGUAGCCCAUACCAGGCUACUUUCUCAAGAGCCACACCCUGUCUUUUUCUUCAAAAUAGCCUCUGAAAUUCCCCAUGUAAGAAAAAAAUAUAAAAAAAUAAAACUUUAUAUUAUUAGUAUCGCAUGAUUCAUUCAAUGGUGGGUUUUUAGUGAUAUAUUUACUGCGUUAUUCAUAUUUUACUUCAUUUGUAAAACUAAAUUGUCUAAAAAAAAUGAAAAAGUACUUUGAGAAAUGUUCCCCAAAACUGAAAUGGGCGGUGGGGGUCAAAAAGGGCUACAGUGUCUUAAUCCCCAUAACUGGUAAAGAGGCCCUGAUUAGGCUGUAGGAUGAAGCCACAGGUUGGAUGUCACAUGUGAGACAUACAGGCUGAACAUGGUGCAGCACCAGAUUAUGACAUUUAAUUGUGUGGAACUAGUCAUAUCCAGUACAAAUUCAUGCUAAUAUUAUGAUUACAAUAUAUAUGUUUUGUUUCCAAGUGCUGAUGAAGUCAGAUUAAGAUAAUAUUUAGACCACUGUGCCUAGAAUGUCUUACCAAAUAGAUUUUUCUUAUUGUACUUACAUAUAUAUAUAUAUAUAUAUAUAUAUAUAUAGAGAGAGAGAGAGAGAGAGAGAGAGAGAGAGAGAUAUAUAUAUAUAUGUAUCUAAAACAUCUUGAAGCAUUUCUCAACUUAAGUAGAUUUCCUUAAAUUUGCAAAGUCAAACUUAACGAAAAAUAUAAGUGUUUUUAACAUACACAAGUAUUUAUUUUCAAAAAUGAAGUAUUUGAGAUGUAAUCAAGUUGUUAUGAUCUGUGAAAUAUCUAAAUCAAGGAAAUCACUUAAGUUAGACAAUGACUUAAGAUAUUUACUGGUUUAAGAGUAGUUUUGAGAGUUUGCAUGUUGGUGUGUAAGAUGUAAGAUGCAUUAAAUAUUACUGAAGUUUUUUGAAGUGCCUGUGAUUGAGCAUGCAAGUGGCGUGCUCUAUAGGGCGGGAUGUGAAUGUAUGACUAACUGGAUAAUGUAUUUUAGCUCCUCUGAUUUUUGAAAAAAAAUGAAGCUAUUGCCAUCACUUGAUUGUCAAAGCUAUCGCUUUCAAAGUUUGGAAUACCUGAAUACAAUUAUCAAAUGUAAUAAAUGAAAUGAAUAAACUGUAAAAGGACAAAACCAGACAAGCGUUCAGCACCACCAGUAACUUGUUUAUACUUUUGUUUAAGUCUUAUAUCAGUGGUUUUGUUUGUUAACAAGUGUGCCCACUUGUACUAGUGCAUUUAAUGAUUUUGUAUGUACAGGCUGUUUUUAGCAUCAGUGCGUAGGCAGGAUUGGUAUUAGCUUAUAUUAAAAUGUAGUUUGAUGUCUUUCAUCCACACUUUUGACCAUCUCUCGAGUUUUUCACCUUAAAUUUGCAAACGCUUUUAAUUGCUAUUUAAAGUUAAAGGCCUAGUUUAAUCCUUCUAUAAGUGACCUCCCCCCCCCCCCCCCACCGUGUAGUGUACACAACCUCUGUGUAUUGAUCUUAAUCUAAUUGGCUUAUCAGAUGAUGAGAUCUAUAAUCUGAAAAUCCAGCUGUACAGUUUUGGAGGUUUUAUUGUUGAAAUGGACCCUAAAUGGCCGUGCGCCAAUAAACAAAUACACAGGAAAUUAGCCCCUACUUGUGCAAUUAGCUGGCGAUACAUAGCAUGUGAUUGUCAUGCCAAACAUUCCUUAAACUAGGCCUUUAAUGUUUCUUUCUGACUUGAAUUCAUUUAAAUUAAAAACAAGUUUUAAUCAGUCAAGUUACAUAAUUGGUUUUAAAGUAUACCAACAAAUUCAAUGAAAGAUUAUUCUUGUUGAUAUCCAGUUAUUUGUGAUCAACGUUACAAUUGACACAAACUAUAAUUUAAAUUAUAAUAUAAAAUGAAUAAUGUCGCCAGCAUGAAAUAACAUCAUUACAUUUUAUUUUUUUAAACAAGAGAAAUACCGGUAUUGUUUUUCAUGACGCUGUAUAUGAACAGUGUUGAAAAUAUGAGCGUGGUAUUAUAAAAAGCAGUGUUUUAAGUAUGUAGUGCUGUAUCAUCAAAUUAGUGUUCAUGAUAUAAAUCUCAUAUCACAGCUGUGGUCAUUCAUGGCUCAUUUUUAAUGUUUUGGUUUGAUAAAUUCUGUAUUUAACGACCACUCAUGUUAUUUCCUGUAUGUAUUGUAUUUUAGGAUUUGAAUAUGCGGAAGAUUUUUUUCAUACUUACAUGUGUAAUGCCGACUGACUUAAUAAAACUUUUGUUAACUGGUAACAAAGUCCUAGUUAAUAAAUGAUGUGUUAAGUGAAGACAUACAAACUGUAAAAGGUCUGUUACACAUUGUGGUAUAUUAUAAUUUUACUUUUUCGCUACACAUACAUGUAUAAUAUUUGCAUGCAAUAACUAGAUGUUGUCAAUGUAAAAUGUUGCAAUUAAUUGUAUUAAUUCAUGAUAAUCUUCAUAACAUUUUCAGAUUGUACCAUUAACGCAUGAUUAUUCAGUAACGUAAUCAAGCAUGUGUUUCAUGUAAACCUGUUAGAGUGUUUAGUUCCUGAUAGGUCAGAAAAUUGAUUUAGAAUCAUUUGUAAUGAUGUUAGCUUUCAACAACAGUUCCAAAUUAGGCCUAAAUUAAAAGAAAGGUUGCUUAUGGUUACCCACAUUUCUGGGAGUGUGUAUGUUGGCAGGAUUCUAAUUUUUUUCAAGCUUAUUUGCAGUGAGCAAUUCAUUCCUUUUACAAUGGCAGGUCUGUGUAUGUGCGUCAGUGCAUCUGUCCGGACUGAACAUUGUCUGUGCCACUGCAGUUUCUCGAGAAAAAAGAAAAUCUGAAAAAUUCCCGUGGUAGGGGCUGUAUUCCUGACCAUUCAUUAUAGGAUUUUCAGAAAACUUGCCAUAAAUGAUUACCAUAGAGAAAUGGCGUGUCGCACACAAGACCCUGGUCUGAACCUUAAUGGUCAAUGUCAGGCUUAGAGGCCAAAGUUUAAAAUAAUCCUUGUCCAGGCUGUAUCUUGACUAUGCAAUAUAGGAAUUUAAAAAAAAAAUGCCAUCAUAAACUUUCACCAUGAUGAGGCGGCUUGUUGGGCACACAAGACCCAGGUCUAUACCUCAAAUACCAAUGCUACACUUAGAGGUCAUAGGUUGAAUUGUUUACUGUUUAUAGGACUGUUCUUUGUCCAGCCAAUCAUAGAAUUUCCUGGAAAAAUGACAGAGAGGUGGAGCUCUAAAAAGGAGACAGGUGCAUGUCUAAAUUACAUAGAUAAGCAUCUCUAUUUAACAUAUACCAGCUUCCAGAUUGUAACCAGUUGGUAUGUGAUAUAACACCAUAAUUAUGGUGUCUGAUGUCUUUUCUACUCCAUGUGAUUCUGUGUUGCAAUUUCAUGGAAGAACAAUAUGUCUGUGUCAAAGGCUUUUUCAGUGGGCGCGACAUGUCCCCUUUUCAUGGCGUAUAGUUUUUAGUCUGUGGGGAAUCCAUAUGAUAGUUAUUUUGAAUUUUAUGUGUCCAUUUUUAACUUAAGGCUUAAAAAAUGUUUGUUAAGGGUAAUGGUAAUGGUAUUAUACAUGAAGUAGGCUUCAUUGGUAAGGUAAUAAUCAAGCUUGCCUAUUAGGAGUAUUUAUCUAAGGGCCGUUGAUGUUAGGAGUAUUUAUCUAAGGGCCGUUGAUGUUAGGAGUAUUUAUCUAAGGGCCGUUGAUGUUAGGAGUAUUUAUCUAAGGGCCGUUGAUGUUAGGAGUAUUUAUCUAAGGGCCGUUGAUCUUUACGGGCCUUCUAGAGUAUUAUUGACAUGGACUUAAGAUCUGUAGUGGCAUGCACGCGUCCACAUACUGGUUAGGAGUUGGCAGUAAAGAUGUUCAUCAAUCAAGGUACAUUUGUAGCUAUUGGGAUAGCCUUCUUUGAGAGGGGUGCCACUUUAAUAAACAAACACUUUUCUUUUUUUUAUAUGAUUUUUUUUUAUGGCAUUAUCGUUGUUGUAUGAUGUUGUGUUGAUAUGUGUAGUCAAGUGAAGCAUAAUACAUGGAAUAUUUGCUAAUCCGUAAUAAUACAAUGCAUACUUUUAUUAUAUAACUGGCUUAUAAUAGCUUGUUUUGUAUAUAUUUUUCAGUAUUAAUGUGCCAUAUUUAUCCAGUAACUGUUGUAAACUGUUGUAAAAACAUUUGUACAAUAUUAACAAUCCUGUUUGACUGUCUUUGUAAUCACAUUUGGCCGAUUGCUCAGAACUUGGUUUAAUUUAACAAUGUUAUUAACGUCAUCGUUGUUAAAUUUAUAAUCAAUAUUGCUCUGUAAGUUUCACAGAUACACAGACGAUUUGAAGUAUUCUUAACAAGAGGUGAGACAACUGUUUCAGCUGUACUUGUUUUGUUUAAAUAUAUGAGCAUAUCAUCAAAUAAUUCACCUUUAAAAGUUAACAAUGAUGUCGUUAAUCAGGUUGCUAACUUUAACAAAGUUCUGAACAAUCAGGCCGUUGUUCUACAUUUUCACAGGAACCAUACUCUACCACAACUUGUUGAACUAUGACAUAUGAGUAUAGUUUUCCAGAAGGCGUUCAUAUUAUAAAGUCACUUAAGACUUAGACAGUUUUUUUCUGCAAUCGUGUCAGAAAACUUUAGACAUUGAUCUAGCUAAAGUUUAAGAGCAUAUUCUUCUUAAAACAUUUAAAAUAGUUUGUGCUAGAUAUAAACAUAUUGUAUGGCUAUUAUUUAUAAAAUCUUUUCUUAAAUUAAGUUAAUUUCCUUUUAAACUUUCGAAGUCAAAUUCAAAAGAAAUUAAGUACAAGUGUUUUUAACAUAAAAAGUAUGUAUUUUUCAUACAAUUCUUGCACAUUAAGUAUUUUAGAUAUUAUAAAGUGAAGCUAGUAUAUCAUAUGACCUGUGUAAUACUUCACUAAGAAAAGCGAUUUAAGGAAAUUCCUUAAAAUGAUUUAUGAAUACUGGAUAAUUAAAAUGAAACCAUUUAUGUAAUUGUAUAAAUUGUAUAUAAUCUUCACUAUUUUUUUGUACUCUUACGAUGUAUAUCCAGCCAGGAUUUGAAAAGGGCGGGGUGCUAGGCCAGGGCUGGUAUUCUAUAUUGGUCUUAACUGGAUCUAAGAACGAUGUAGCUAAUCAGAGUGCUUGUUAUUUAUAACUGACCGAUACAGUGAAUGAAGUCAAUCAUGUAUGACCAUAAGAUUGACUUAAGUUACAUAUUGAAUACCACCCCUGAAAGGGCAUUUUUCAUGCACAUUGAAAGAGCCUUGCAAGGAUCAAUGAUCAAUUCAUACUGUGUAUGUGUUUUAACUGCUUUAAUUUUAUAUCAAUGGUUUGUUAUAAUAACGUUAGCUGUUAUUUUUGCUUUAGUGUAAAAAUUACGUAUAUUUAUUAUUUUCAUAAUUAUAUCUGAAAAUUGAUAUCUAAUAAAUACUAGUUAAAGCUCAUCAUCGUCAAAAAGGGAUUAUGUACUGGAAACAUAUAUUAAAAUACUUGUUAUGCUUUAUAAAGACCUGGCUCCAAUAUCACAAAAAUAUGUUUUUACUAAUAAGUCAAAUCACAAUCUCAUUUUACCAAAUAAGUCAUAACAAGUUAUUUAAACCUUGUACAUGUAUGCUUUUUCCAAAUCCAGUUGUUUCAUUCACCUGAUAUAACGAUGGAUAUGAUUAUUAUUGAGAUUCGAUCUUUCAAAAACUUACUCAUGAAUUCUAAUUUUUCCUACAUAUUUGAUUCAUCAUAACUGGUCCGAUUGUUCAGAACUUUUCAGUUUACUGGCCAAAGGCCUAAAGAGCUUAAUAUAUGCAAAUCCUUGGUGUCCGUGCGUCCGUAAGCAGUUGCUUGUGGAGGCGACGAAGUUUUGAUUGUAUCUUAGUCAGAUAUCGACAAGAGCUUGGUCGCUGUCGAAAACCAGCCAAAACCGCCCAUGCAUGACUGGAUUGUCGCCCCCCCCCCCCCGGAUUAUGACCUUGAAACUGUCAUAAUUGCUAUAAUCAUUGCUAUAAUACAGCUCGUGAACUUAAUAGGGCCGCCAUUUGUUUUCCGAUCUUCCUCCUUCUAGGACAAUAGUUAAAUACUAAUGAGACUUCGGAUCACUUCAAAAACCAGCAAGAUCCGCCCAUGCGUGACUAGAAAUUGUCAGAACUGCUAGAAUUUAGCUUAUGAGCACAGUAGAGCUUUCAUUUAUUAUCCGAUGUUUAUUUGUGAACCAUCAGUAUAUUGCCUGUUACCGCACGAACAUGUUCUAAAUAGAUAUCACAAAUUAAAAGAACGAUGCAAGUUGAUUAUAUAGGCCCUCUUGGGCCUCUUGUUUAAAGUGAACAACAUAUAAACAUCAGUUGUGUUGACUGUCAUAUCUUUAAUACUCUGGAAAUUCCAUGGUCACACUUGCGAUUUGCAGUACUUCUGAUGCUUUGGGACAACUGUUUGCAGCUGUGCGUGUUUUAUUAAAAUGUCUAUCAUAUAUCAAGUUUUUCACGUUUAAAAGUUAACAACGAUGCCGUUUACAAAGCUGUUAACUUAAAUAAAACUCAUGUACAUCAUGAGGUAUUUCACUUUUAAAACUUAAAAAAGAUGCUAUUAACAACGUUGCUACCUUAACAAAGUUCUGAACAAUCGGCCAACUGUGUAGGAUUGUUAUGACAGUAUACACGUUUUCCUUCAGGCUAGUACAUGGGAUGCAUGAACACAAACGGCCUACAUAUGCCGACACGACAUGUAAUGUAAUCACGUUUGGUAAAAGCUAGUUCAAAUGUGUUUAUUCCACGUUUUGUGUAAUGUCUUCUGUUACAAUUAUGAUUAAGUUCUAUGUUUCAUGUUUUACGGUAAGUCCUGUGUUCGAUUUUGCUGAAGUUCUUUGUUCUAUGUUUGUGUAAAGUCCAAGUCCUUUGUUCGGAUAUGACCUUUGUUACAAGAGCCUGGAGAAUAACACUUACUUUUUCAUUAUGUAUUCAGGAAGAAAAUAUUUACUGUAAUUUCAUAUGCAAGAAGACUGUUGACAUUAUGUAUAUAUUAAUAGAUAGCAGUUAUAUACUCUACUCGGCUAGACUUUACACACAAAGAAAACUCAAUCUUACCCUACAUUGUAGUGUUUGUGUGCAGCUAUUUGUAUAUAUAUAUAUGUUGCUUUGAAUAAAUAAUAAAACUUCA